AACACGCGCUCUUUGGGAGCAAGGGGAUUGUUGUUGAAUCAUCAAUGAUUUUUGUCUCUAUCUAUUUUUUCCACAAAUUUCUAAAAAUCUUUAUGAGCUCCCUUUUUUUAAUUUUAUUUUUCUGAUUACACAUUAAUUUCUGUCUACCCCUCCCAACACCUCAGCUUCAUAUCAUAUCCUUUCCUUCCCUUUAAAGUUUAAACCUUUUCUUUCUUUCUUUCUUCCAUCAACAAAACCUCCAUAUCCAUAAGUAUAUGUAUAAGAGAAGAGAAAAAACCCUAUUCAGCUUUGAAUCUUUCCAAAUUCAGAAAAGAAAUAUGGAAACAACAAUGCUCAGUAUAAACCCUAAAAAGAGAAUGAAACAGCACCCCAAAAACUAUAAGAAAACAACCCCAAAACCAGCUGUGAAGGUUGUUUACAUUUCCAACCCUAUGAGAGUGAAGACUAGCGCUUCACAAUUUAGGGCUCUGGUGCAAGCACUCACCGGCCAGGACGCCGCCGAUAUACCGGACCCCACCAAGUUUUCCGGCGUAGAAACUGGCGGCGGCAGCCCGGAGGCGGAGGAGGUUUCUGCUGGAGAAUCAUCAAAGUCGGUGGUGGAGGAGGAGGAGGAGGAAGAAGAAGAGGAAGAGGAAGUUGAUGAUCAACCGCCGAUCAAAGCUUCAUCACCGCCACAAGUACUACAGUACGAUGAUGAUGAUGUGUUUAAAGUACCGGAAAUGAUUGAGAAUUUUCCAGGAUUAGUUGCUUCUAAUUUGUGGCAUGAAUCUCAACAGUUUGAUGACUUUAUCUCCAGAAAUCUUAAUUUCAUCUAAUUUAUAGUAAAUUUAGUAAUUUGACUAAAGUAAAACAGUUUACCGUGUUCAUAUCCUCACUGGGUGAAAAUAGUUAAUGUAACCUAGUCAAGCUGCUUUGUAGAACCUAUUUAUGUGUUUUUUGCUUUGUGUAUCUCUCUUGGAAUACAUAGAUUUUUUUUUUUUAAAUUUUUUAUUCCUGUUAAGUGUUCCACAACUUUUUAGACUAAAAAUAAUGUGAAACGUCUUUUAAUUGGCACAUAGAGGAGAGUACCCUAUAACUAAUUCGGGUGAAAUAUCUCGUUUAUUUGCUGAUAUAAUCUUUAUUAAUUCGUUUGUGUACACUCAAUUCUUUUUUGUUCUUUCGGAUGCAUGUCUUCGCUUUAUUUUCAUAACAUAUACUAUCUUUUUUUUUUUUUAACACAGUGAUCAUUGUCGGCAACGUAACUAAUCUAUUCACUGGUUCUGUUAUCCAAGUAGGUAGAAUAAUUGUGUUAAUUUUAUUGUUGUACGUAGUUAUAAAAUUACUAGCUAGGGGGGUAAUGUUAGAAAAGCUUAGUAACAUUCUAAAAUUUAUUUGCAAAUGGAAGAGAGUUUAAAGAAAGCGGGAAGGAGGAGGUACAUAAUAGUAUUUCUCGUUGAGAUAAAAAUCAUUAGUCACAUUGUUUAUGAAUUGUAUGUAAAUAGACAAAAGUCUUUUUUUCUCAUAUACGAAGCACAUCAUUAAUUUACAAUCCAAUUUUACAAUUACUUUCAAAUCUCUAUCAAUUAAAUUUAUACUACUAAAGUUUUGAUGUCUCUUAAUUAG